AUGCCCUCGGCAUUUUCAAUUUCCGCAGCGGCAUUUUUCAAUAUGAACGGGAGGGAAUUCCUCGGAGAACGACUGAUGACAUGCGCACUCUCGGCCCGACUCGACAUGUAAUUAGUUGGAUACUUCAUUAACCACAGUCGACAAUCAACAAAUGAGUAAUUAACUUGCACCAGGGACUCGCGGCUCCUCGCCAGCCUCGUGUGCAGUUAAUAUUUCAUAAUUGAGCAAUUUAUUUUCGCCUCUUUGACAGGAUCAAAGAUGAAGCCGCCGCCAAAGCGCCGCAUGCAAAUUUUAUGCUCGGUUAGUCGCCGGUGGGUAGGCUUUGUGUGUGGCUCCCGGAGCAGGGAACUAUGUGUGUAUCUUUGAUCUUUUGAGGGACAGGCACCACAUCGUAGUAGGUCGUUACCAGGCUGUCACUAGGUAAGCACACAGCGUAGGAAAAGCGGGUAGAACCUGUAAGCCACCACCUGCAAUACUGCGCCACUGAUUGGAGCAAUGUAUGGUCCCGGGGUGAAAGUGGGCAACUGGCUGGAAACUGCCCUGUCGGAAGAGAUGCGGGUAAGCGAAAUGAAGAAGCGACGAGAGAGUGGCAACCUCUUGCUGGACAGAACCCGCGCCGUCUACGACCGCUUCUACCAGGAGACGGUGCUGGGGCCGCCGCAGGAUGUGCUGGCCUUCGGCGUGGUGGUGCAGCUCCGGCCCGUGAGGAUUAACGUCUGCCGCCAGCAGGUCCCGGAUCAGAACCUCGUCCUGUCGGUGGUGAUCACCCAGGAGGGCCUGCAUCGCAAUUGCCACACCAUCAACGAGAUGUGCGACCUUUCGGUGGCGCCCUCGCCACAUCCCUCGCUCCGCAGCAGCUUCAGGAUUGUCAGUCCAAACGACGAUGACCGUUCCGGGCAGUAUUUGGCCUACGGCGAAAAGUUCCGCCUCCAAACCAUCGAGCCCGCCGAUGAGCCCAUGUACGUGUUUAGCGGACCGAAAAGGCUUAACCUCUCGCUGCCCGUGGACAAGGCGUUCUUCACCACCAAAAACGGCGAGCUUACACUGCCACUUGGUCUGGUAUCUCACAAGAACUGCGGCCCAUCUGCCCGGGUGCCCACUUCCCACACUCACUUUUUCUGUUCCCAUACGGAUCCCGAUUUGCGAUUCGAAAACGAGGGCAAGACAAUACCCGUAAACAAUCCAUUGCUUAUUGUCCAUGCGGUGACCAAUCGAAAUCUUGCUGUGGAGAAUGUCUUGGCCAACACCCUCUUUGGUCCAGAGUUUCAGGUGUCCGUGCAGACCUACAAGAAUGUGUACAAGCGGGAGACCUGGAAGAACCAGUGGAAGUUCACAUAUUGAUAUGGUUCGUCCCAUAUUGUGGCGUAUUUUCAGUCUUUUGUAUUUCAUCUCAUUCAACCUGGGUAUCGCUCGUACCUGCUGUGGCAUUCAAACGACCCAAUCAAAUGAGCUGUUGCGCGUUCGCCUGUUUGUUGAGCAUGUCAAAAUAAAAGACUAGACGAGAAGUUGU